GGGAGGGGCUUUCCUGAAGGUUCUGGAAUGCCCUCCAGAAGAUACAGGAAAAAGCCGUUUGCUGUACAGCCAAAGGGAACUCCAUGGCUGCCCUCCUCCCACUACAGUGGUGGCGGUGGAGUUUCAUUCUUAUCCUCUACUUUCCACCUUGCUGCUUCCACCAUUGUCACUCUCCAACGUGAGGCAAGGCCUCCCCUCCCUUGGCCACUGAAGGGAGAAAUGGGGUUGGGCAGUGCCAAGAGAGGAUUUCUUUGUCUUGUUCUUGCCUCUGGGAUAUUCUGGAGUCAGGCCAUUUGUCAGGCACCACCUCAGGGGUUUCCCUUCAUCUCUUAUGAAGUUAUCAUCCCAAGAAGGAUGGCACCCCGGCGAGGCCGAGAACCCCAAGACCUCACUUAUCUAAUGGAGAUAGAAGGGAAAGGCCAUGUGAUGCAUCUCAGGCAGAAGAGGGAUUUUAUUCCUAAACACUUCCCUGUUUUUACCUACAAUGAGGAUGGGGACAUUGAGGUGGACUACCCUUUCAUCAGAAAUGACUGCUUUUACUAUGGCUUUGUACAUGAUGAGCCAUCCUCCCUAGUCACCCUCAGCACUUGCUCAGGAGGACUCAGAGGCUUUAUGCAAAUGGGUAAUAAGCUCUAUGAAAUUGAACCUGUGCAGGCAUCUGUUAGUUUUCAGCAUGUGAUCUACAGAUUGGAAGAGAAGGAGAAUGAAGUCCAGAUGAGGUGUGGAGUAAUGGAAGAAGACAAAAAUCACCAGGAGGCCAUGAUCCAGAACAGAGAGAAUAUAAUAAGCAAAAGUGCUUUAGGAGGACUAUGGCAAACAUACCCCAGAUACAUGAAGAUUGCAAUUGUAGUAGAACAUGAACGAUAUGUCCAGUUUGGCAAAAAUGAAACUUUCACUGCUAGACAAGUCCUGGAUGCUGUUCACAUUGCAGAUUCACUGUAUAAACCUCUUGGGAUUCAUCUGGUGGUGGUUGGAUUAGAAAUAUGGUCACAAAAGAACCUCAUUGUGAUAGCUAAAAGCAUAGAUGAAUUGCUUGACACUUUCAAUACAUGGAGGAAAACAAUACUUGUCCAGCAUUUAAGGCAUGAUGUUGGCCACUUAUUUGUAUAUAAGCAUUUUGGGAUUAAGUUUGGAUUAUCGUUUGUUGGAUCUGUGUGUGAUCCAAACUGGGCAUCUGCUGUUGAGGCAUUUAUUACUUCUAGUUUAUUCUCUUUCACUAUAACUUUUGCUCAUCAACUGGGCCAUAACCUUGGUAUGCAGCAUGAUGAGAAAUCCUGCACCUGUAAUCAGCAUUCUUGUAUUAUGGCUGCCUUACAAAGCAACACAAGUAAGUUCAGUAACUGCAGUUACACCAGUUAUUCUAAGCUAAUGGAUAAUAGUAGAAAGCAAUGUUUGUUAAUUCCACCGGAACAUGAGAAAUUGUAUGACCUCAAAAACUGUGGCAACAAUGUGGUAGAUAGUGGAGAACAGUGUGACUGUGGUUCAAAAUUCCAUUGUGAAUCAGAUGCGUGUUGCCAAUCUAACUGUAUGUUGCGUUCAGGAGCCACUUGUGCUUUUGGAAAAUGUUGUGCUGAUUGUCAGCUUCUUCCAGCUGGAACAGUUUGUAGAGAAAGGACUAACAUGUGCGAUCUUCCUGAAUACUGCACCGGAAUUUCAGAGUGGUGUCCUGAAGAUGUUUAUGUACAGGAUGGAGCUCCGUGCUCUGAUGGGGCCUAUUGCUAUCAUGGAAAAUGCUCUACUCACAAUGAGCAAUGCAAAGUUAUCUUUGGCAAGAAAGCAUUGGUUGCACCACUGGACUGCUUCAAAGAAAUAAAUACCCGAGGUGAUCGUUUUGGCAAUUGUGGCAUUAUUCCUGGUAAUAUGUAUAAGAAGUGUGAGAACAAUAACGUCUUGUGUGGCAGAGUCCAGUGUGUAAACAUUGGCGAAGUGCCUAAUUUGAAUGAGCAGAACACCAUAAUCCAAACUUCUCUUAGCAGCCAUUUGUGCUGGGGUACAGAUUCUCCAAGUGGAAUUGGUAUGGCCGAUAUUGGAGCAGUGAGAGAUGGCACACGGUGCGGCAUCGGCAUGAUAUGCAUUAGCGGUGAUUGUAUCAAGGUCUCCCUCCUGAACUAUGAUUGUAAUCAAACCAAGUGCCACAACAGAGGAAUAUGCAACUCUCAUAAACAUUGUCACUGUAACUCUGGUUGGGCCCCUCCAUAUUGCCUAAAGGCAGGCAGCGGUGGCAGCAUUGACAGCGGGCCUCCUCCGCCCAACAGUGGCAGUGGAAGAAGGACUAAAGGCAUUGUAAUAGUUCUUUCUGCUGCUGCUCUUCUGGCUGGGUUUGGCAUCUUAUAACAAACCUGAAUGUUGGAUGACAGACCUUGAUAACUCCAGUUCUGACAUGAGGACAAGCUCUAUAAGUGUCCAGCCUGGUAUUAUGAACUCUUAGGAGGCUAGGAGGAUACAAGAAAUAUCCCUUCAAUGCAUUGUGCUGCAAAUAAUGCAUUUUGUUUCUUGUAAAAGAAAUUUGGCCCUAGAGAUUGUUUUUAGAUCUUCAUCAAUGUAGUUUUCUAGGCUUAUUGCCUUAUGAGAACCCUUAGGACACUCAGAAUGUCACGUGGGGCGGCUGAAUGUUUUGGCAAUUACUGGGGAAUAUCAUAAUAGCACUGUUGCAGUUCAGGCCCCUCCUUAUGCAAAUGGGUGGUUCUUGCAGGCCAUGUGGAGGUUAUCCAGGCUGACUAUUAGGAAAACCAUCAGAUAAAAAUAAAGAAAGAAAUUCAAACCUUAUCCAUUAUUUUAAUUGGCUCUUCCUAUAAAAUUGCUGUAUGGAGGGAAGAGCUGAAAUUUCUUGUUCUUGUUAGAGCUGAACCAUAUUGGUACUUAACGAACAGGUAUUUGUAGCAUAAUAUUUUGGGUCCACAGAAUAAUUUUUAAAAGUAUUUUUUGGAGUACAUGCAGCUUAUAAGAUUUGAUUGGAAGUGGGCAAUUAUAGAGUUGCUUAGAGAAGUAAGGUGGGUACCUAGACAGAUCAGCUUCACAAUGGCAUCUUCAACUGAUUUACCUGAAUGGCCUGUUAUGAAAAGAUGUACGUUCAGUCUUGCAAAUUUUAAAUGCCAUUUUGGAAAGGCAAAAGUGCAACUGGGGCUAAUUGCUAUAUACUGUGAAUGGGAAAAGAACCAGAAGAUGAAGUAGCAAAGUCAGAGGACACCUUUUCUCAGAAUGAACAUUGUUCUAAGCCACAGUAAGAGCAAUAUAGCUGGGCUCCUAGUGUUUGACAUUUCUUUAGAAAAGAGGUAGAAUAGCUCAUAACUGUACAUACAAGAACCUUUUGCUCAAGAGCUGCUUAGGUAUAAUUAAUUACAGAGAUUUGCAGAGGUAUUGAACACAAGAUCAAAUACUGCAUAGAAUCAUAGCAUGAAUAAUCUACCAUAUGUUGAUCCUGUCAGACAGACCAGUUUGUGAUGUUAACCUGUGACAACAUAUUUCUUCUAGUAGAGUUUUAUAUAUUUAGUACAAGAUUUGAGGUAGUGGUGAAACUGUUUGGUGCUCUUACCAACACUCCCAUUGACUUCAAGUGAUAUUUAAUCAUGUGUAAUUGUGUUGGGAAUUGCAGCAUCUGCUUGUGGGUUAAUUGUUACACUGCUGUUCUAUAGUGACUUCAGUGUAUUACACCUAUUCAUAAACUGCCCGGUAAGCAUGAGAAUAAGCACAUUAUUGUGAAAUUGCAGUGGCAAAAAAAUCUUAGUUUGUUCAGAUUUCUUCUGUGAUUUUUGCAGGAAAAAAGUGCAAACCAGCAGAGUUUUGUGAUUUAUAUGUGCAAUAACAGCAAUGCUCCUUCAACAACCAAACAUCUGAAACGAAAAUAUUAUUUCUGGAAUUGUGUAAUAAAGGAGAUUUGCUGUCAUUAUUUCAAAAACUCCACCUACAAUUUCUGUCUCUUACAGUCUGCCUUGCACACUACUUUAUUCCUUUUCAGAAUUCCUUUUCAGAAUCCAUACAUGACCACUGCAUUAUCACUUGGGUUUCUUGUAAGAAUUAAUUUGUAUUUCUGAACAGUAAUACUUCCUCAGAACAGACCCAGUUUGCUGUAUCUUUAAAAGAAGACUCUCACCCAACUAUCAUAUAUUACUUAUCACAUUGUAUAAUACAGUAACUACUUUCAAAUGUGCUUUGUUAAUGUAUAACCAUGAGAAUUAUUACUUAGGGAUUAUUUCAAAUUAUUUAAUAAAAUAUUUUGUAUUUACAAGUAA